UUUACUUUUUUAUCUCGUCGUCGCAAGUAAAAAUCUUCGACUCUCUCAGAGGUCACCGCGACAGUAGGGUAGCUGUCGUGCACGCUGCAGAGAGAAUUUAUAAAAAGCAACACACGCCCACGGAUAUAUCAGUACAGCGCCCUGCAUUAGCGUGUGAGAUAGUCCGCGCUAGCCAAGUGUAACAGAGUCGCAUUUUCAUUCACGUCAAUUAUUUGUCGUAACGGGAAACGUUUUUUCGACGAAUUUUCGAUAGUCCUGGAAAUAAGUAUAGUCGUCGUUGGAAUUGUUUUUUAAUUCACCGCGAAAAGUGUUGUCGUUGCAUAAUGAGUACUUUAACGACCGCGAUCAUUGACACGGUGACUUUUGAAGGUCAAAAGCCUGGCACAUCUGGUCUUCGCAAGGCCGUCAAGAUAUUUCAGCAGCAACACUACACGGAAAACUUUAUCCAGGCGAUACUUGACGCUCUUGGCACCAGUUUGGCUGGAAGUACGCUCGUUGUCGGUGGUGACGGUCGUUAUUACAGCAAGGAAGCUGUUCAAAAAAUCAUCAAAAUUGCCGCGGCCAAUGGGGUGUCAAAAUUACUGAUCGGCCAAAAUGGGAUACUGUCGACCCCAGCAGUGUCGGCGAUCAUCCGCAAGUACAAAACAUUGGGUGGCAUCCUUUUGACCGCGUCGCACAAUCCAGGCGGUCCCGACGGCGACUUUGGCAUCAAGUUCAACUGCGAGAACGGGGGCCCGGCACCGGACGCCGUCACCAACAAAAUUUACGAACUCACAACCAGCCUGAAGCAAUACAAAAUAGUUAACAGACUGCAAAUCGACAUCGACACCGUCAAGAGCACCACCGUACAGGUCGAUGGAAAACCAUUCACCGUCGACGUGAUAGACUCCGUGGGCGAUUACGUUGCCCUGAUGAAGGAAAUAUUUGACUUUGACUGCAUCAAAAAGCUCAUUCAGGGAUCGGAUGAACGCCCUCCCUUCCAAAUUCUCAUAAACGGUCUCAACGGAGUAACCGGUCCAUACGUCAAGGAAAUCUACGGCAAAGAGUUGGGCGUCAGUGACGCGAAUUUGGUUAACUGCGUGCCCAAGGAAGAUUUCGGCGGUCUGCAUCCAGAUCCGAACUUGACUUAUGCCGCAGAUCUCGUUGACGCGGUUAAGGCUGGCCCCUACGAUUUCGGGGCGGCGUUCGACGGCGACGGCGACAGGAACAUGAUAAUCGGGAAAAAGGCCUUUUUCGUGAAUCCCUCGGAUUCCCUAGCAGUGCUAGCUGCCAAUCUGAACGUCAUCCCGUACUUCAAGAAGACGGGGGUCAAAGGGUACGCGAGAUCCAUGCCAACCGGUGCGGCGGUCGACAGGGUAGCUCAGAAAACGAACAUCGAGUGCUUCCAAGUGCCAACGGGGUGGAAGUACUUUGGAAAUUUGAUGGACGCCGGUAGAUUGUCCCUGUGCGGUGAAGAAAGUUUUGGCACGGGGUCGGAUCACAUCAGGGAAAAGGACGGGAUUUGGGCGAGUCUUGCUUGGCUGAACGUCGUGGCCAGUCUCGGGAAAUCGGUCGAACAGAUUUUACUGGAUCAAUGGAGCACUUACGGUAGAAACUUUUUCACGAGAUACGAUUACGAAAAUUGCGAUGCCGACAAGUCGAAUGAUAUGAUGAAGUACAUCGAGGAUUUGAUCGGCAAGCCGGAAUUCGUUGGAACAAAGUUUACGUCGGGGAGCAAAACUUACGUUGCCAAAGAGGGUGACAAUUACUCCUACAAGGAUCCGAUCGACGCUAGUGUGGCAUCUAAACAAGGUCUUCGAAUAUUAUUUGAAGAUGGUUCCCGGAUAAUUUUUCGCUUAUCUGGUACCGGAAGUUCUGGGGCCACCAUUAGAUUAUACAUUGAAAGCUACGAGUCUGACCCUGCCACUUACACUCAAGAUCCUCAGAUGGUUCUUAAGCCCCUCGUUGAUAUUGCCCUCAAAUUGAGUAAGCUUCAAGAAUACACUGGGCGCGAUAAGCCGACUGUAAUUACGUAAACAUACUUAUACAGAAUUGUUUAUAAUUGUACCGCACAACUUUACAAAAAUUUUUAUCGUGUUAUAUGUAUAAUAUAUAAA